UGAAAAAGCCCAUAUACCGAAAAGGAGAAGAAGAGCUUAGGACAGUGUAAAUGAGUCCAAGAAAACAUUUCUCAAAACGGUGCCUCCCGCUCGAAAGUUGAAUACACCAAAAGGGUUUCGCAUUUCAAUUCUCUGCGAAAUUCAGACCAACCUUUUCAUCUUCCACAAUGUUCGGAUCUCAGUCUUCAACACCGGCCUUUGGCACUCCGUCUUCAGCUCCGGCCUUCGGCGCUCAGUCUUCAACUCCAGCCUUCGCCACUCCGUCUUCAACCCCAGCCUUCGGUACUCCAUCUUCAACCCCGGCCUUCGGCACUCCAUCUUCGACUCCGGCUUUUGGAACACCAUCAUCGGGUUCGCUUUUCGGUACCGCGUCUUCGGCUCCAGCCUUUGGGUCUUCGUCGACGCCUUCUUUCAACACUGGCUUCGGUUCGUUGCUCUCGACUCCCUUUACUUCGCAAACUCAGGCUCAGCAGAGCUCAUUGUUUCAACAGCAGACCCCGUUGUUUCAGCAGCAGACACAGUCGGCCGGUGGUUUUGGUUUUCAGACACCUUUCUCGACGCCUCAAACUUCUUUUUUUCCUAAUUCGCAAUUGACUACUCAAAUGGCUCCUGUUGCUCCUAUCCCGUUCUCUCUCGCUGAUCGUGACAUUCAAGCAAUUGUUGAGGCGUACAAGGAGGAUCCUGGAAACCCUAAAUAUUCUUUUAAGCAUUUGCUGUUCAGUGUAACCGAUGCCCAGUUUAGAGUGAAGCCUGCCGGUGUAUCGGAUAUUAUGUGGGCAGAGGCUAUGAGAAAGCUCGAGGGUAUGGAAAGUACAGAUCGAGAACGGUUAUGGCCUCAGCUUGUUCAUGGUUUCAAGGAUCUUUCACAACGCUUAAAGCUCCAAGAUGAAGUAAUUGUUUCAGAUGCUGAGAGAUUGAGAAUGACUCAAAGCAAUGUGAAGAUGCUUCAAAGACAUUUUCAAGCAGACACCCUUCCAAGAAUCCAAAGAAUGAGACAAAAAGAGCAAGGUCUUCAAAGACGCCUUUUAAAGGUAAUGAAAAUAAUGGAGGCAUUGGAGGGAAAGGGUUGUCGUCUGCCUUUAACGAAAGGGGAAGCUGAACUUGCGGAGAAAUUAGCUGCAAUUGCUAGACAGUUAAAAGGAUCUGGUACAGAGCUUUCUAGAAGGGUACAAAAUCUACUCACCAUAUCCCGUGUCCAAGAAUGUUCUAUUAUAGGUGGUGGUUCUGUCUAUCUUCCAGGAUCAACGAAAAUACAUGACCGGAGUCUUGCUGAUAUGCAAGAGGUCUUACAACAACAGACUGAAGCGAUUGCUAGACUUGGCAAUGUUUUGAAGAGAGAUAUGAGGGACAUGGAGAUUAUAAUGGCCGAGGACACAGAUAUGAUAGAUGAUUAAAGCCCCUAAGCAUUUUGGCUAUAGUUACUGAUGCUAUUUUGUAUGUUUUCAGUCACUUGAGUCGGCUAUAAGAUCAGCCAGCGGUGUCAUGUUUGGGUGGUCUCGCUUUGAGAGCCUUCUAAUUUUUGGCAUGUUGGUUUGAGAACGGAAGAGUAUGCAAAGACCUAAGGAACUACAAUGCAAACACUAACAUGUUUGCUCUUGCUCCUAGCAGUAUUAAGCUGAUCAUCCGAUGUUUUGAUGGAUUGGGCCUCAUUGCCUCAUAAAUUAUUGAUCACCUAAAUUCUAGGGAAAGACAAAAGAAAAAAGAAAAAGUUUUGACAUAACAUGCAAAUUUAAUUGCACAAUAUGACAUUUUUUAUUAAGAAAAACUUAAAAAAAAGGUAGUGAAUACAAUUUAGAUUUUACUA